UAACGUAUGCUGCAAAUAAGCCUUGUUGCAUUGUUUCAAAUGCCUAUACCGCUGAUUUUCUUUAGUCACAAAAUAAAGGUGUGAAAGACUUGGUGACAAUUUAAACACACCCUCUAAACAGUGUAAGCUCCAGUUGUUUAAGGUUGGUCGAGAUAUAUAAUUUUCCAUCCUAAUGCUUGGGAUGCGUGCUGAUUCUGAGAUGCACCUAGCAAUUAAUAAAUGAUGGUUUUGGUGUUGCACGAGGGGGUCUGAUUUUAUGCUGUGCUGUUUCUUCUCUGUUGUACCAGACCAAUUAUUGCUGUCAAUCUGAGGCAUGCUGAGUUUAUAAAGCCUUUGCUCUAAGAAUAACCACAUCCCUCGACCUGUCCUCCCCCCUGCUGCAGUACUCAGCUGGCUGCCGACUCCACCAUGACAUCUGAAGUGGAGGAGAUGCAGAGGAGGGCCAAUCAGGUGACAGAUGAGUCAACAUUGUAUUUUGAAUCUUUACCUCCGACAGUCCCUUGAGAUCACCAGAAACUUGAAGCUACUGUUGGAGGGGAGUAAAGAUGCAGGGAUCAGGACGCUUGUAAUGCUGGACGAGCAGGGAGAACAACUGGACCGCAUAGAAGAGGGCUUGGAUCAGAUCAACAAGGACAUGAAGGAGGCUGAGAAAAAUCUCAAUGACAUGGCCAGGUGUUGUGGUCUGUGCAUCUGGCCAUGUACAAAAUUAAAGGACUUUGAAGCAAGUGGGGCGUAUAAGAAGGUGUGGGGUAAUAAUCAAGAUGGGGUGGUGUCUAGCCAGCCCUCCUCUCGAGUGGUGGAUGAGAGAGAGAAGAUGACCAUGAGCGGUGGAUAUAUUAGAAGAGUGACAAACGAUGUAAGGGAGGAUGAAAUGGAGGAAAACUUGGCCCAGGUCGGCAGUAUCCUUGGCAACCUCAGAAACAUGGCACUUGACAUGGGCAAUGAAAUCGACACUCAGAAUGUCCAGAUUGAACGCAUACAGAGCAAGGCCAUGGUCAAUGAAUCCCGCAUCAAUGAGGCCAAUCAGAGGACCACAAAGCUAAUAUCAAGAUAAAAACAUGGGAUUUUCCUUUGUUAAACAUGUUUACAGUCUUCUGUGGGAAAAUGUGCAAAAUGACACAAAUGAAUAGGCUAUCCUUCUUUUAAAUGACUAUUUGUGGAAUUUGGAUAACUGCCUACUGAUAUGAUAGUAAAUUAUUCAUAUUAUUAUGUUCCGACAA